GCGGACAUUUUAGUUCGAGUGGGGCGUUCGCGGCGGCGCGUGAGCGAGGGCACAACACACAGAGAGACAGAGAGGGACCGAACGAAAAGAGCCGCCUUUGUGUGUUGCGCGCUCAAGAAAGCAACGCAGCCGUCGACGGCUGAGCCGCAGACAGUCCAGCCACCAAAGUGAUGACGUCGCCAAACCGGCCCCCGGCGGGCCCCGUCGAGCCGAGCCGCCCCUGAAAACCACCCCCACCCCCUCGAGGAAAAUGGUCCAGCAGACGGCACCCCUCUGGCGCCAAAACGCACAACUUUUCUUCUUCGCCCUGUUGUUGGCGCUCCAGGCGUCGAGCAGCAGGUUGGCGGAGGUGGCUGAAGAGGAGCAACAUUGCGUUCAGGACGGCCCCCGGCUCACUUGUAAUGGACUUUUGCCUGCCGCCCCCAACAAUGAGGUGCUCGACGUGCGGGUCAACGACUGGCCAGAGAUCAUCUUCGAUCCGAGGUCGUUGACACAAACAUACAAGAAUGUCAAGAACCUCACGAUCCAAGGCGAUCCAAACACAAUGCGCCGCUUCACCCACGCGUUCCCCGCGGGCCUCGGGCUGCAGGUGUUGAAUAUUUCACGUCUCGGUCUGGUCGCUCUGGAGCCGCCGGGCCUGUUUGACAACCUGGCGAACACCCUCGUCGUGCUGGACGCGUCGCACAACCAGCUCCACCAACUCGCCGCCGCCACCCUGUCACAGUUGACCUACCUGAAGGCGGCGUACUUUGAAGGUAAUCCGUGGAAAUGUGGCGCUGAACUUUCAUGGUUACUGAAUGCAUCUCUGACGUCGCGCCUGCUGGACCUGGCGUCGUGGGAGUGCGGCCCUGCGUAUCAGGGCAAGUCGGUCCUGCCCGUGCUGCAGAUGCAGCGCACCCUGCUGUCGCAGUGCCCCAGCAGGCCACCCUACAACUGCUCAUGCAUCCUCACCAACGUGGUUCCCGGCAUGAGUGGGGUCGACCCUGGCUUCCUCAUUCCAGUCAUCACCGUCAACUGCACCGCCAGGGGUCUGUACAGGGCGCCGCCGUACCUCCCCGUCAACACCACCACGCUCAUCCUCUCAAAGAAUAUGAUCUCGGACGUGCGGCCACUGGCCAUGAACCCUCAUUACCGGCAGGUGAAAGACAUUUUCCUCGACAACAAUCAAAUCCGCAGCAUAGCCACCCUCGAGGGCGCUGAGUGGCUCACCACCUGCCGAGUCUUCAGCCUGCGAAAUAAUUACCUUUCUCAGAUUCCUGUUUAUGCGAUUGACAAUGGUCUGGGGAAAAAUAAAAACCUUGCGCAACUCUAUCUCGGCAACAAUCCAUGGGUGUGCGACUGCAUGUUUACUCCAGGGUUUCAGGACCUGCUCGCGAAGUAUCAGUCGGUCAUAAAAGAUGCCAAUGAUAUUAGGUGCGCGCUCAGAGAAGCAGACGAGAAUUCCUUCCAACCAAUAAGGCACCUGUCCCGAAGUCUGCUGUGCCAGGAGCCGAAGGGCGGACUCUCCGGACUGGACAUUCUCAACGUCUCGCUGGCCCUGUGCAUUUUGUUGGUGUUGGGCAAGCUGGCUUACGACUACUGGUCAUUCAAGACCUCUGGCAGGCUCCCCUGGUUGGUGGCCAAAAUGCCGUGAUUACUUAAAAAAUAAAACUUUGAAUAAUAAACCGCGCUGUGCACGAAUAUAUUAUAUAAUUGUAUAUUACAAAACAAUCUGUGUAUAAAGUGAUGUCCAUAAAUAAUAUUUGUAAAUGUGUGUAAAGGCUUUAAUUUUUUAUUAUGAUCGAGUGUACGUACAGUCAAGUUAUGUACUUGUUUCGAAGAAGGAGAAGUUGUGUUGUAAUUGGAAUUACACUCUUAUUUAUAAACUCGUUGUGAUGAUGUCGAAAUGAAAAAUUCUCAAAACAAACAAGCAGAGCGUAUCAAAAUAUCACUCAUCCUGGCCAUUCGCCAAAUA